AUGUUUCACUCCAUGAAUGCCGACACCAAAAGAAAGAUGUCGGAAACUUUAGAAAAAGGCGACAUUAAAGACACCAUCUUAAACUUACGCCAAGAAGAAGACAUUGAAGAAAUGGCUGAGGAGUAUGAAAUUGAAAAUGUCGCACGCCACGCUCAAGAGAUUGUUCCUGAAACUCCUGAGGAAUUGGCUAGUAAGAACCAGGCUUUGCAACUCAUUCAAACUUUUUUGCAACAAGAGAAUAUGGAGCUUAAGAAGUCCUACCAGGAGGUUUUGAAGGAGAAUCAAGCUUUGAAGAAUGUUCUCAAGAACGAUUUCCAUUCUCACUACAAGUAUAUUAAGAAGGAUUACUAA